ACUUGGAGUUCAUCCAAACGCCGGCGAUUGCAUAAGGGCCAACCCAUCGACCGGUGUGGUGACCUUCGGUUUUAGGCAGUAACCCCCCUUGGGAUUGAACUGGGUGUCACCCACCGCAGCGUCAUCGAGCGGGCACGUGCAUGGCGUUGAUAGCGCGAACUUCGGCGAUAGCCGCCAAGAACGACAGUGGUUUCAAUUGUAUUUCUUUAUUUUUGCUACAAUUCCGUCGAGCGGUUCGCAUUACAUUGAGUUUUCGCUGUGGCGGCGAUGCGGUUUUUUCGGCUGCCCCGCGGCGGGAAAAAGAAACGUUUGCAGAACGGAACACUGCAGUGAACCGUAGACAGUAGACCGUAGACCCACCUCGAGCUACCGCUCCCCAAACCCCCGGACCACCGAAGUGCACUCGACAAGGGCAUGCAUAAUCGAAAAAUGCGACGAAUUUCAGUUAUCGCUUGUAAUGCAAUCUGUGUUCUGCGCAGCUUUAAAAGUGCAUUACAAUGUUGCUGACCAGAUACUAAGCAGGGAAAUUGGAGGCGGAAUCGAAAGUUAUGUGGCCAUGAUAUCUUUGGAUAUUAAUUUGAACCAGUUAGCCAAUGAAACCAUAGAUAUUUAUGGUUCUUUGUUAACUGAGCUUUGCAAUUUAAUCCAAUUUAAACUUUUCGUUGGCUAACUAAGUGACUAACAUGCCAAAGAACAGAAGGGUAACUUAUUCAAAGAUACAAUUUAAUUUAAUUUAUUUGAUAUAUUCAAAACCAAAAUGCAUCCCCUAUAUCUUUAUACCUUUAUAGCCAUUCCCUCAGCUUAUCUCCAGCUGGAACUGUGAUCUUCCCUAGUAACUCUCCCUUAAGAUCUAGCCUUUGUUCCCCAUUUAGUUGGCCUCUGGUUCGCCGACAAUGUAAACUGCAUUUUCAUUUGUCGGGGGCGCAAAUAGCGAUAAACGUGUCCAAAUAUUUGGCCAGCCAAUUCCGCGUCUGUCGGUGAUUAUUUUCCGGGAUGGGGAAACGCGAGUGGCACUGGUAUCAUUUCGGCAUAUUUGGGUGCAGUGUGGCUGACUGAUACGCGGAGUGCAUCCCACCGAUUCAAUGCACUCAAAACUCAUACAACAUAUGAUAUAUUUGCAGGCAGCAUAUCCCAAUCCAAUCCUAGCUAGCAGCCAUGGCUGAGAAUGAACCACUGAACGACCUGCAAAACCAGGUGAAUGGUCGCAUCCUGCCCGCCGCCAAUGGACACACUGCAUCCGCGACCAACGGAUUGGUGCAUGCGAACGGCAAGGAUGCCCUAAAGCCGUCUGCUCCCGUCCAGAAUGGGAAUGGAAACGCGAACGGGACACACAUCGAGGCGCCCUGCUGUCGGGACAUACACGGCAAGGAGCCACCGGACGGAGGAGCACGCGCCUGGCUGGUCAUGGUGAGCGCCUUCCUCUGCAACGGCAUCAUCUUUGGGUUCAUCAACACCUACGGCGUCAUCCAUUCGCUGCUGACGGAUAGGCUUACGAAGCUCGGCGAUCCGGAGGCGUCCAGCAAAGCGGCUCUGAUUGGCGCCCUGGCCAUCGGCACCACAUUCCUCUUCUCCACAAUGGCUGGCUGCCUGACGGACAAGAUUGGCCUGCGGCUGACCACCUUCGCCGGCGGAGUCCUCUCCGCGGGAGGACUGCUGUUGUCCUCGUUCUGCACGGAGAACAUCGGCGCCCUGUACUUCACCUACGGGAUCAUGUUCGGCCUGGGCGCCGCCCUUGCCUACACGCCCACAUUGGCCAUCCUGGGCCACUACUUCAAGCGCUACCUGGGCAAGGUGAGUGGCUUCGUUACCGCCGGCUCCAGCGUUUUCACUGUGAUACUGCCGCCCUGUCUGGACAAGCUACUGGGUAGCUAUGGUCUGGAGGGAACCCUGCGGAUAAUGAGCCUCGUUUCCGCCUUUAUUAUCCUCUGCUCCUUCGUGUACAAGCCACUGCAUCCGCCACCGGAGCCGCCGAAGAAGAAGCCCGGCAGAUCGCGCAUCAAUCUCUUCCUGCGCUCCAUCAUCAACGUGGAAAUCUGGAAGCGUAAACGCUUCGUCAUCUGGGCACUUUGUGUGCCGCUCGCCUUGUUCGGCUACUUUGUGCCCUAUGUGCACAUGAUGCAGUUCGUGAAAACCACUUUUCCGGGCGAGGAUGUCAACCUGCCGGUCAUGUGUAUCGGCAUCACCUCCGGCAUUGGGCGUCUGAUCUUCGGCGUCAUUGCCGAUAUGCCGGGUGUGAACCGCAUGUACCUGCAACAGCUGUCCUUGGUGUCCAUUGGCCUGGUCACCUUGCUGCUGCCGCUCACCAACUCGUACGUCAUCCUCGUCUCGUUCACCCUGGUCAUGGGUCUCUUCGACGGCUGCUUCAUUUCGUUGCUGGGACCAAUCGCCUACGAGAUAUGUGGCCCCUCGGGCGCCACACAGGCCAUCGGCUUCCUGCUGGGCCUCAGCUCCAUUCCGCUCACAGUGGGUCCACCAGUGGCGGGCAUGAUCUUCGACAGCACGAACUCCUACACAUUGCCGCUCAUCCUCGCCGGACUGCCCCCACUGCUCGGCUCCUCGCUCUUGUUCCUCAUCAAGUGCGUCAAGGAGGAGGAGAACGGGGUCAGUGCGCCGCGAGCGGUGGUAAUGGCCAAUGGAGACAUCGAGAUUGCCGGCAACGGCCAUUAUCGGUCGGCUGGCACCAAGUCCAGUGCACCGCUGAUGGGUGCCACAAAUGGUGUCAAUGGAAGCGCACCCGCGUCCCCAACUAUCCAGAGCAAUGGACACGUGGACAACGGAACUGGUUCGUACCCCGACUCACCUUGGCCUAGCCCCACUCGCAUCUCAGAUUCCGCCGCCUGCGACCAUCCCAGUAGCUCGCUUCACACUAACCCGGGCCACCUGCUGCCCAGCUGCUCGCGCACCGCCCUGCUGAGCGGGCGCUCUGGCUCCAGCAAGUCCCUGCCCCUGGGCGACGAACCCAAGAGGCGUCGCUAUAACUACUCCAUCUACUAACCCACUCACUCACUCACUGCCUAGUUGCUAGCUGCUAGAGCUUCUCUGCUUCGCCUGCCGUACUCUGCCUUUCUGGUGUGGAUCGAGUUUGUAAUCGAAUAGCAUGACUAAGACACACUUCUGUCCACUCCACAUUCCGAGCACCUUGUCUCUAACCCUGCACCUGCAUACCCAGCACACCUAAACCCUAAAACCCAUUCCCAUUCCCAUAGACCCCGAUUGCUUUGUAGAUCGUAAGGCUCAUCGACUUGGAACCGCUGUAAAUAAAUGCCAGCUUAUGUCGCAUACUA